AUGAAGGCCCUCAUUGCGCUCAUCUAUCUCGUGGCAGCUACCUUUGCCCGUUCAAUCGACACCCGUCAAACAACCCAAACCUCCGCCUUGGACGAUUCGAACAGUGCAAAGGUCACAUUUUACACUACAAUCGGAUCCGCCAGCAACCCUGUGCCUGCCAGAUCUCCCCUCGAUAAUAAAGAACGAUCCAUCGGAGAUCUCACGUCGGUUGCACCAAACCGUCAAUCCAACAGAGUUCUCCGGAAUGGAGCCUCUGGAAUGUCGUGCACAAUCUACGGCCCGGCUGGCGAAGUGCUUGCCGUUGUGCAAGACGGUAUGGAGGACCAAUCGUUGUCACCUUCCCAAGCCAAUUAUGCGACGGCGAGCCUUGAAAUCGCCUGCAUAAGGGUCUAG